AUGGAUACUCCUCAAUUCAACGCUUCUUCCUCUAACAUUUCCCUUUCACCUUCACCGCAACAACCAUCACCUCCCAUUCCAGUUGCUUAUCAGCCUCAAUCCCAACCUUUAUCAUCCUCUUCUGCUUCUCUUCCUCCUGGUUUGCCUGAUGUGCCAUACAAGACUCGCUUGCAAUCUUUCACUCAAAAGUGUAAUAUAUCACUUCCUAUGUACAUAAAUGUUAACGAGGGGCGCCAACAUGAUCCAAAAUUUAGGUCAACAAUAUGGGUUGAUGGAAUGAAAUACACUUCCCCAAAUACUUUCUCUCGCCUAAGAGCGGCCGAGGCGGAUGUGGCUAGAAUGGCUCUAGAGAACCUACAUGUAAAAUUUAAAACAAAAGAGCGCCCUGUUACUCAUGAGAACACUACUUUGUCAAAAUCUAUCUUACAUGAAUAUGCUGCUAAGCUGAAGGUGGAAAAGCCUGCAUACAACACUGUUCAGCUAUAA